AUGCCCAGGAACAGGGCGUUUUCGGAGCCCGAGUGCUCGGCCGAGUACUCCGCCGACUACUCGGUGAGCCUGCCGUCGGACCCCGAGCACGGCGUGGGUCGGACCCACGAGGUGACGGUGCGCAGCUCGGGCCCCUGCCUCUGCCUCCCUCGCUUCAUGCGCCUCACCUUCGCUCCCGAGUCCCUGGAGAACCUCUACCAGACCUAUUUCCGCCGCCAACGCCACGAGACCCUCCUGGUGCUGGUGGUCUUCGCCGCCCUCUUCGACUGCUACGUCCUCGUCAUGUGCGCCGUGGUCUACGCCGCCGACAAGCUGGCCCCGGCGCUGGCGGCGGCGGCCGGGCUGGCCGCCCACAUGCUGCUCUUCGUCCUCUGCAAGUACAAGCUUCUCCCCGAGCGGGUGGCCCGCCGGUUCCUGCCCUACAUCCUCUGGGUCCUCAUCUUGGCUCAGCUCUUCUGCUACCUGGGUCUCAACUUUUCCCGCUCGCCCGAGGCCAGCGACACGGUGGGCUGGCAGGCUUUCUUCGUCUUCUCCUUCUUCAUCACUCUGCCGCUCCGCUUGGCGCCCAUCGUGCUCAUCACCGCCGUCUCCUGCGGCAUUCACACGCUGGUGCUCGGUGUCACCGUCGCCCAGCAGCGGCAGGACGCCCUGGACGAGGGUGCGCUGCUGAGACAGAUCCUCUCCAACGUUGCCAUCUACCUUUGCGCCAUCACGGUGGGCACCAUGUCCUACUACAUGGCCGACCGCAAGCACCGCAAAGCCUUCCUCGAAGCGCGCCAGUCCCUCGAGGUCAAGCUCAACCUGGAGGAGCAGAGCCAGCAGCAGGAGCGGCUGAUGCUCUCCAUCCUGCCCAAGCACGUGGCCGACGAGAUGCUGAAGGACAUGAAGAAGGACCCGAGCCAGAAGGAGAUGCAGCAGUUCAACACCAUGUACAUGUACCGCCACGAGAACGUCAGCAUCCUCUUUGCAGACAUCGUGGGCUUCACCCAGCUCUCCUCGUCCUGCAGCGCCCAGGAGCUGGUGAAGCUCCUCAACGAGCUCUUCGCCCGCUUCGACAAGCUGGCAGCCAAAUACCACCAGCUGCGCAUCAAGAUCCUGGGCGACUGCUACUACUGCAUCUGCGGGCUGCCCGAGUACCGGGAGGACCACGCCGUCUGCUCCAUCAUGAUGGGGCUGGCCAUGGUGGAGGCCAUUUCCUAUGUGCGGGAGAAGACCAAGACGGCGGUGGACAUGCGGGUGGGGGUGCACAGCGGGACGGUGCUGGGGGGUGUGCUGGGCCAGAAGCGCUGGCAGUACGACGUGUGGUCCACCGACGUCACCGUGGCCAACAAGAUGGAGGCGGGGGGCAUCCCUGGGCGGGUGCACAUCUCGCAGAGCACCAUGGAUUGCCUGAAAGGUGAGUUCGAGGUGGAGCCGGGUGAAGGUGGCUCACGCUGCGAGUACCUGAAGGAGAAGGGCAUCGUCACCUACCUCGUCGUGGUCCCCAAGCAGCCCCUGCGCAACGGCAUCAAUGGGGUGGUGAGUGGCAGGGGCAGUGCUGCGCUGUCGCUGACCUCGUCCCAUGGUGGUUCCCCACCGUUGGUCAAUACCAAGGAGCGCAACGGCAGCCUCAGCCUGGCCUGCGCCAGCCCCGAGGAGCCCGAGGAACCCGAUGGCAGGGCAGUGAACCCCUCCUUCCCCAACCCUCGGCGGCGGCUGCGGCUGCGGGACCUGGCCGAGCGGGUGAUCGAUGCCUCGCAGAACGAGCAGGAGCUCAACAAGCUGCUCAACGAAGCCUUGCUGGAGCGCGAGUCUGUCCAGGCGCUGAAGGGGAAGAGCACCUUCCGGCUCUCCAUGCGCUUCAUCGACCCCGAGAUGGAGACACGCUACUCGGUGGAAAAGGAGAAGCAGAGCGGGGCCGCCUUCAGCUGCUCCUGCGUUGUCCUCUUCUUCACCGCCUUGGUGGAGGUCUUCAUCGACCCCUGGUUGGUGGCCAACUAUGUGACCUUCGUGGUGGGGGAGAUCCUGCUGCUCAUCCUCACCCUCUGCUCGUUGGCUGCCAUCUUCCCCCGGGUCUUCCCCAAAAAGCUCGUGGCCUUCUCCACCUGGAUUGACAGGACCCGGUGGGCACGCAACACCUGGGCCAUGGCCGCCAUCAUCAUCGUCACCAUGGCCGACAUCGUGGACAUGCUCAGCUGCUGGCAGGACCACAGCGGGACGCGCAACGGGACAGCGGGACCACCGUGGCCGGGCGGCUGCGGGGAGCAGCCCAAGUACUACAGCUACAUCGCCCUCCUGGCCUUGGUGGCCACCAUCAUGCUGGUGCAGGUCAGCCACAUGGUCAAGCUGACCCUCAUGGUGCUGAUCACCGGAGCCACCGGCGCUGUCAACAUCUAUGCCUGGGAGCACAUCUUUGACCAGUAUGACCGUCGCCGUGGCCAGCAAGCACGUAAGGAGUGGCAAGGGGGUGGGCACGGGCUGGGGGGGGCACGGCUGUCCUCGCUGGUCCCCUCCAAGUAUUCCAUGACGGCGAUGAUCUUCAUCGUGAUGCUCAGCUUCUACUAUUUCUCUCGCCACGUGGAGAAGCUGGCCAGGACCCUCUUCCUCUGGAAGAUCGAUGUCCAUGACCAGAAGGAGCGGGUCUAUGAGAUGCGGCGCUGGAACGAGGCCCUCGUCACCAACAUGCUGCCCGAGCACGUGGCCCGGCACUUCCUGGGCUCCAAGAAGCGGGACGAGGAGCUGUACAGCCAGUCCUAUGACGAGAUCGGCGUCAUGUUCGCCUCCCUCCCCAACUUUGCCGACUUCUACACGGAGGAGAGCAUCAACAACGGGGGCAUUGAGUGCCUGCGGUUCCUCAACGAGAUCAUCUCCGACUUCGAUGCGCUCCUGGACGAACCCCAGUUCCGGUGCAUCACCAAAAUCAAAACCAUCGGCAGCACCUACAUGGCCGCUUCUGGAGUGACCCCCGAUGCCAACGCCAACGGCUACAGCACCAAGAAGGAGACCCUCUCGGAUAAGGAACGCUGGCAGCACUUGGCCGACCUGGCUGACUUUGCCUUAGCCAUGAAGGUGACGCUGAUGAACAUCAACUACCAGUCCUUCAACAACUUCAUGCUCCGCAUAGGCAUGAACAAGGGGGCCGUGCUGGCGGGCGUCAUUGGCGCCCGCAAGCCGCACUAUGACAUCUGGGGCAACACGGUGAACGUGGCCAGCAGGAUGGAGUCCACCGGCGUCAUGGGGAACAUACAGGUGGUGGAGGAGACCCACCUCAUCCUGAAGGAGUACGGCUUCCGCUUCGUGCGCCGGGGAGCCAUCUACGUCAAGGGCAAAGGGGAGCUGCUCACCUUCUUCCUCAAGGGCCGGGAGAAGCAGGGCUCCUUCGUCAACGGCUCCUCCGUCACCCUGCCCCAUCAGGUGGUGGACAGCUCGUGA